AAUCCAUGCCAAGUCCAAAUUCACCGAGGAAGCCCCUACCCGACUUACCGGCCGGUUGAAGGUGGAACUAAAAUUCUGGAAGGUGAAAGUGAGCGCGCUAUUUCGUCAAUAGUGGCCCACUAAGAUAACGGCGGGACCUGGAGAAUGAGCGAGCUAUCAAUCGUCAUGUGAGGUUGCCUUUCUCUCUUGACUCUCUCACUCUUCAUCCUCCUUCCCAAGGACCACAACCUUUCAAAAUGUCCCCAAUUGCCUGUCCUGAGACAUCUUGCAAUGGUUGCGCUACUCAAGGCCAGAAUGGCGUACCCGACCUCGAGGAUGCCGGUGAACAUGUACACAAACUACGAUCUGAUAAUUGGUUUAAUCGAAAGGAUGAUAUCGGCUUGAGUGCCCUCUACAUUGAGCGAUAUCUCAACUAUGGCCUUACGCCAGAAGAGUUGACGUCCGGUAAACCCAUAAUUGGAAUUGCACAAUCCGGGUCCGACAUUUCACCAUGUAACCGCCACCACAUCCAGAUAGCCAAACGAGUACGGGAGGCUAUACGAUCCGCCGGUGGCGUUGCUUUGGAGUUCCCUGUACAUUCAAUUCAAGAGACCUCGCGACGGCCAACCGCAACCUUGGACAGGAACUUGUCAUAUCUCUCGCUUGUCGAAAUGCUUUACGCUUAUCCUUUCGAUGGUGUUGUCCUUUUGACAGGCUGCGACAAGACCACGCCAGCUGCCUUGAUGGCUGCUGCAACGAUGAACAUACCCGCUAUCUGUCUUAACGUAGGCCCUAUGCUCAAUGGCUAUAUUAAGAACCAGCGCGUGGGCUCCGGAACCGUCGUAUGGCAAGCCCGAGAGCUGCAUGCUCAAGGAAAGCUCGAUGCAGCAGGCUUCAUGGACAUGAUCUCAAGUGGCACACCUUCGGUAGGGCACUGCAACACCAUGGGCACGGCUUCGACCAUGAACGCACUGGCAGAGGCUCUGGGAAUGGCUCUACCAGGCUCAGCUGGUAUUCCUGCUCCUUACAGGGAGAGAAUGCAAUGUGCAUACCAGACAGGCCUGCAGAUUGUCGAAAUGGUGCGUGCGGACCGCAAACCAUCAGAUAUUAUGACUCGAGAAGCUUUCGAGAACGCUAUCGUUGUCAACACUGCUAUUGGCGGCAGUACUAACGCUCCUAUUCACCUUAACGCAAUAGCAAAGCAUAUUGGAGUGCCAUUGGACAACGAUGAUUGGGAUCGAAUCGGUUUGAAGAUUCCCCUACUCGUAAAUGUGAUGCCAGCAGGAGAAAUGUUGAUGGAGGAGUACCACCGUGCUGGUGCCCUACCAGCAGUCAUGGCUGAGCUUUUUGAUCAGGGAAAAAUACAUGUCAAUGCACUCACAUGUACUGGCAAAACGAUAGGCGAAUGCGUUGAGGGUAAAAACUCGUGGGACAGGGCCACCAUUAGAGCAUACGACCAGCCAUUGAAACAUGACGCAGGUUUCGUGCACCUCACUGGCACGCUAUUCGACUCUGCAAUCAUGAAGACCUCAGUCAUAGCAGAGGAUUUCCGGAAAGAGUAUUUGGAGAAUCCGGACGACCCCAAUGCGUUCGAAGCCAAAGUCGUCGUUUUCGACGGCCCGGAAGACUACAAUAAGAGACUCGAAUCGGCAGAUAUUGACCGAAGAACCAUUUUGGUAAUGCGAGGGACCGGGCCGUUGGGCUAUCCCGGAGCCGCUGAAGUCGUCAAUAUGCAUCCUCCUGGAAGGCUUCUCAAAGCAGGGAUAUCUUCACUGCCUUGCAUUGGCGACGGAAGACAAUCUGGAACAUCUGGAUCGCCCUCAAUAUUGAACGCAUCUCCUGAAGCCGCUGAUGGAGGAAACCUGGCUUUACUCCAAGACGGAGACAGACUGAGAGUGGAUCUGAACAAAAAGCGGGUUGAUAUUCUCCUUUCAGAGGCAGAAUUGGCUGCCAGACGAGCGGAUCUGAAUGCCAGAGGUGGCUACAAAGGCCCAGAGAGCCAUACGCCAUGGCAAGACAUCUUCCGCCGUGAGACUGGUCAGCUGAACGAAGGAAUGGUGCUGAAAAGGGCUGUGCAGUUCCAGCGUGUAGCCCAAACUUACCCAACGCCUCGGGACAAUCAUUAAAGAUGUCGCACUCGCACAGUCCAAAAUACGAAUCGCCCAAAUAGGACAAAUGAGAGUCAGCAGAAUAACAGGGGCAUGCUCAGGAUCUGGUUUGUUCCCGAGAGUCCAUCUCCGACACAACAGUCACCAGCACUAACGUUGGCUCAUCUUCACACACACAUUCAUUGCGCACCCAUACGAUCUACACUUCCAACCAAAGCUCUGGUAAAGGACGAGAAAUUAGCAACGGUUUC